GGUAAAGGAUGGUAACUGGUUUCAGUGGUUCCUGGUGUGACCUGAUGUUCACCUGUAUAUGUGGAACCACAAAUCAAAAUCCUCAACAAGCUCUCCAUACUUCUAUUGAUCCACACUGGAUGAAAACUAUCAUCAUGAGAUGUCCAUGUAACUAUAGCCUCAUGGUGCUUGAAAAGUAACCCCAUGUCCCCAAAUACCUGAUUUUAUAGUCAGCUUUACUGGAGCUCAGAGAAAUGCCUUGAGGCAGGCGAGCAGGUUUACUUGAAUAGAUGGUCCAUUUAAGGGUUUUGCUGGGUUACAACAGCACUGACAAACACCACAUAUCCUCUCAACAACCACUUGGGAGCAAAUUAACAUGGUUCUACCCUGCUUACGCUAGUGGUGUCGGUCCUGUACUGAGCUCGAAAAACAUAAUAGGGACUUCUAUCAUGGAUUUCAGCAAGAUAAUGAUGUUUUAGUUAAAAAAUAAAGCUAGUAAGUCGGUUUUGGAAAUUGUGAUGUGCUUGUGUGCCUAUUUGUGGCCCUGCUAUAAUUAGCCUUCAUGGCCACGCAAGCUGCAGACUGAUUGGAAACAGCAGAGUCUUAUGCCACCGUGCACCACCCCAGGAGUCCAAAAGCACCGAAAGAAAACACUGAGCUUGCAGAGCACACCCCUGAGUGUCAAAGUAAAGACAAAAACCAGAGUAAAAUCUACUGCUGGGAUGCUGGCUGUGAUGACAGAAGAGUUUUGCUUGAGCUCUUAACUUUCUACGUUUGGGAAAACAAACUCUUUUGCGGCUUAAUGUUGACAGACUUUAAGAAUGUUGGAUACAAGCAGCUGACUUUGUGAAUUUGAAGACUUACAGAUUAAGAAGAUGAGUUCCAGAAGGCUGAUGAACCGUUCGCUCUCGAGUGAUGGAAGGUCUUACUACAGUGCCAGUGAUACCCCCUCUCAGAAUAGAAGUGCUGGCUGUAGGAGCUACCUGAGCAGUGUCCGAUCUGAAAGCAGCUACGCUGGCCAUAGAUUCUCUCAGUUCAAGCCAUCCAGGAGCACUCUCUGCAGUGUCAUGGCUCAGUUAACUGAGGAGAUACAGCCAACAUUUGAGUCCACCUUAAAAUCCAAAGCUGUGUCUGAAGACACUAACGUCAAGUUCAGCUGUGUGGUCUCAGGCUACCCAGUCCCUGAAGUGACAUGGUACAAAGAUGACAUACAGCUUGACAGAUACUGCGGCCUUCCCAAAUAUGAAAUUUCACGAGAUGACAAGACACACACACUCCAAAUAUACAACUGUACUCUGGAGGAUGCUGCAAUUUACCAAGCAUCAGCACAGAACAGUCGAGGCAUUGUGUCAUGUUCAGGUGUGUUGGAGGUCGGAACAAUGAGCGAGUUUAAGAUUCAUCAAAAUUACUUUGCGAAGCUUAAACUGCGAAACGAGAACCGUCGCCAUGAGCAGGAGGAGCAGCGCAAUAUAGGCAAAGAGAAUGUCCCAGCUGCCUUUGAGCAUGACAGGAUGAGCAGUCCUGAAAGAGCCCAGAGAAAACGCAGGUCCCCCAUGGAGACCAGGGCAAUAGAGACCAUCCCUUCAGAGGAGAAAGUCAUGGAGGUGGAUGCUCUCAGUCAAACACCUCCAGCAGAGGACCGACUAGCUGCUCCUGAUCAAGUGUCAGCAGCAGCACCUUUCCAUGGCAUCUCAAACUCUGAAAUGAUCGCAAACAGAGACAAAGACAGCGAGGGGCUUACAUAUAUCAAUGAUACUGUGCAUAAUGCCUCCAGCAAACAGACUAACGAGCAUUAUGUCAAGAAGAAGCUCAAAAUUUCAACAGCUGCAACAGAGAUAAGCAAGGAAAACAGACCAACUGGAAGAAGGGAAGAGCUGAUGAAUGAGAAAGUGACUUCCAAUGAGAAGAUGGAGGUACAGAACACAGUCGCUCAGAUCGCCACAGUGACUGAAUCUAGAAAGAAAAUGGACAUAACAGACACAAAAAUGAAUGAAAAGCAGUCAGUAAAAGUAAAUAAAAGUGUCUCAGAAGAAUCAAAGAGAGCUAAAGGUGCUCAGAUCACUACUGUGAUUGAAUCUAAAAAUAAAAUGGACAUAGACACAAAAAUUAAAGAAAAGCAGUCAGUAAAAGUAAACAAAAGUGUCUCAGAAAAAUCAAAGAGAGCUCAAGGUGCUCAGAUCGCCUCAGUGACUGAAUCUAGAACCAAAAUGGUAAUAACGGAUACAAAAAUGAAUGAAAAACAGUCAGUAAAAGUAAACAAAAGUGCCGCAGAAGAAUCAAAGACAGCUCAAGGUGCUCAGAUCACCUCAGUGACUGAAUCUAGAACCAAAAUGGAUAUAACAGAUAGAAAAAUAAAUGAAAAACAGUCAGUGAAAGUGAACAAAAGUCCCUCAAACGAAUCAAAGAGGGCUCAAGGUGCUCAGAUCACCUCAGUGACUGAAUCUAGAAAUGAAAUGGACAUAAGAGACACAAAAAUGAAUGAAAAGCAGUCAGUAAAAGUAAACAAAAGUGCCUCAGAAGAAUCAAAGAGAGCUGAAGGUGCUCAUAUUUCCUCAGUGACUGAAUCUAGAACCGAAAUGGUCAUAAUGGACACAAAAACUACUGAAAAACAGUCAGAAGAAGUAAACAAAAGUGCCUCUGAAGGAUCAAAGAGAGUUCAGGAUGCUCAGAUCACCACAGUGACUGAAUCUAGAAAGAAAAUGGACAUAACAGACAGAAAAAUGAAUGAGAAGCAGUCAGUAAAAGUAAACAAAAGUGCCUCUGAAGAUUCAAAGAGAGCUCAGGAUGCUCAGAUCACCACAGUGACUGAAUCUAGAAAGAAAAUGGACAUAACAGACAGAAAAAUGAAUGAGAAGCAGUCAGUAAAAGUAAACAAAAGUGCCUCUGAAGAAUCAAAGAGAGCUCAGGAUGCUCAGAUCCCCACAGUGACUGAAUCUAGAAAGAAAAUGGACAUAACAGACACAAGAAAGAGUGAAAAACAGUCAGAGAAUGCAAAGGAAAGUCCCUCAGAAUCAAAGAGAGCUCAAAAGCCCAUUGCAACCCAGAAACGACCAGAAUUGAAGGUUUCCAUGACAACCCAGACAAACAAGGUGGACGAAAACACGAAGCUAACGGAGUCACUUCAAGCUCUAGAUACUAUCCAGAACAGUAAUCCCAGAUUUAUAGACAACAAGCUCAUGGAUUUUGAUGACCACGGGAAUAGAAAUCCAGUAAGUAUAUGUGUGAGGAUCUUGUCUCAUUCUUGUGGUGGGAAUGACGUCAGUGUGGACACAGGGAAGAGGAAUGCAUCUGCAUGCUCUCUUAGGGGCUUGGCUGCAGGUGAUACUCACACAAAGCCCACAGAGCCACCAAUUCAUGAAGAUAUUCCUCCUUUUCAUAAAGAAGUGGCCAAGAAGUUAAAGGAGCAACCCCCAUUGAUGUGUGAGGUCACUGCGAGUGUUACGGACACACUCAGUUCCUGCCACCUUCCAUCACAAGGAGAGAAGUUGAGAGCAGGUAACCAGACUGUGGCAUCAACAAAGAGCAGUACACUUGUCACAGGCCCUCAAAACACUCAGCCGAGUGAGAAAAUCUCCUCAGGUCAUGUUUCACACAUGCUUCAUGAUGGCCAAGUUACAACAGCUAUGAGUUCCUCAUUAGGAGAUGACACAUUAACCAGUGUGUGUGGGAAGGAUGGCAAAGCUGAAAACCAACUUGUCAAAGAGUCUGACAAACCUAAGGGGGAAACAAAACCUUCAUCUAUGUCUUUGAACAGUAUGGAAGAAAAUGAGAUGACAAACAUCAAUACAAAUACAAAUGUGCCUGUACAGAACAGCAUUUCAAAAGAAGAAUCGACGGCAAUCUCAAACCAUUCCACAAUUCAAGUCAUUGUCACAGAGUUUGUACAAACUGGCAUGUUAAGCUCCAAUGUGGUGCAACCACAGAGCAUGAAUAGCUCCUCUAUUUCUAAAGUUGAAAUAAAAGAUACUACAGCCGGAGAGUGUGAGAGCUCUUCUCUAGUAGCUACAGACAGUGUUGCUAAAAUGGACACACAGGAACAAUCUAAAGUUACCACGUUUGAAGUACCUGUAUCAGCCGAUCACAAGAUGCAGAGUUACUCUGCAAAAAAAGGCAAUGAUCAUUCUGGCCCCUCUACAUUCCUCUCCCAACAUUCAAAAGCUUUACCAACAGAAUUUACCAUUCCUGCAAUAUAUAUUACAGAUGUGGACAGCACAUCUGGACAUGUGGACAAUACAGACAAAACUGUAUGCAAGUGUGCUAUUAAUAAAUCAGAUAUUGUUCAAAUCAGAACUGAAGCAAAUGCAGUAACCUCUAAUGUGACAAAUAGCAACACUGUCAGUCAAACAAACAAAACCACAGCCAUUUUGGAAUCUGAAGGUCUGUGUGAUGAGAAAUUUGAUCUUUCCCUACGUUCACAAACUUCUGAAGUCAGCAAGCCUGAUCAACUGCCACUAAGUCAAGAAAACCUGAUUCAAGGAGCUGAAUCAUCAAGUGACUGUUCCACUGAGAAUGUUGCAACAGGUUUUAUUAGGCUUUCAGAGGUUACUACGCAAUGUCCUAAUGACGACAAAAGCACAAAUGAGUCCGACUUAACUGAAACCAGUCGUCUUCCAAAAACAGAUCUAAAUCUGAAAACUGAUUCUGAAUACUUCAUAAAACAAUUGAAAUCAGCUGCAUUGGACCUUGAGAUGUCAAAUCAAAGUUCCACCAGAGCCACGUUCAAUGCUACAACACAUAUCAAUUCUAAAGACAAUGUUAAAUAUGGGGAGGAAGAAAAUUCUGCAGUGAAGGUAUCAAUCCCACUGAAGAAUACAGACCAUCAGGACAACUCUACUGCUGCCAACAGUGAACCUGCCACCAGGACGAAUCAAAAGACUACAUUACCCAGCACUAAAACAGAGACAAGUGAAAUAGGACUGGCCAUUUGUCUUGAUGAAGCAAAUAGAGAUGCAUAUCAGGGGGACAAAUUAUCUUUGAAAACACAACCUGAAUCUUCAUUACAAUCAGUCAGUAACUCACCACUGAAGACACCAUUAGAAACGUACUCCCCUCGUCUCACCCGGAAGAGUGUCCCGGCUGACCUCCCAAAACCUGCGGGAAAUGAAGACAUUAAGCCCAAAUCAACAGAGAAAGACAAAGAAAACCAGUUCAAAGUUCCACAGGUUAUCCGUAAAAUCCGACCAGAGGUGUUUGACGCCUCUGGACAUCUAAAACUCUGGUGUCAGUUUUUCAACAUAGUAAGUGACUCAACAAUAAGGUGGUACAAGGAUGAGGUGGAGAUCUCAGAGAUAAAGAGAAGUGCAGGAGAUGAGGCUCAGGUGUGCUUGGCUAUUAUACGGAUGUCCAAAAGAGACUGUGGUGUUUACAGAUGCACAAUUACCAAUGACUAUGGCAAAGAUUCCACAGAGUAUCUUCUCAGUGCAGAGUUUCUUUCCAAUAUGUUUCUGCGUGAGGAGCUCCAGGAAGUUGGGGAGGAGAUUGAGAUGACUCCUCUGAUCUUUAGUAAAGGUCUUGCUGAUGCAGGCUGCUGGGGCUCAAAGUUCUAUGGCCGUGUCACAACAGAAGAAGCUCAGGUAGGAAUGGGAUGUGAGCACAAAACCAGAAGGCUGAAGGUGAUCUACGGGUUAGAUCCUGUGUUUGAGUCAGGCAGCUCAUGCUUUAUGAAAGUGCGGAGCCCUAUUGCAUAUGAGAGCAGAGAGGAGACUGUUUUGGCUGAAAGGAAUCUCCAAAUCACAAAACAGGAAUGUAGAAUUCAGAACAUGGCCAGAGAGUACUUCAAGAUCUUUGCUGCAGAGACGAGAACGAUAGAGAGCUUUGGUGCAGCACUGGAGGUAAUCCCUCUAUACUUCCUGUACUGGCCAGGAAGCAGCGUUCCUUAUGCAACAGUGGAGGCAGAGCUUAAGGGUGUCUAUAUGCGGUAUUGUGGAAUGGAUCGUACCAGGUCACUGGUAUUAAAUGAGAAAUUAGAGGUGGGACAAAAAUGUUCUUCUCUCCAGCACUGGAUCCACCAGUGGACCAAUGGAAAUGUGCUGUUCUCCAGACUUGAGGGAGUUGAUACAAUACUAACAAAUAUCGGAAUAGCAAUCAGGUCAAAGGGGUAUCAGGGGUUUCCUUGUGAGGCUAAUCCGAAGGUUUUUGAGCAGUUUCACAUUCAGCAUCAGUGUAAUUACUUCUGUGGUCUCUUAAACCUCAAACCUCUCAAAGCCCCAGAAACACUUCAGUCUCCAAACAGAUCCAAAGGCACAAGCAGCCCACUACUACAACGGAGAACAGCUCCCAGCUCCUCCAGUCCCCAGACCUCACGCAAGGUCACAAAGAGCCCCAAAGUAUCACGCAAACUGAACCCUCAGAACUCAACCUAACCAGAAAUAAUGGUGUUUAAAGUAGGAUAUACAUAGGCAAAACUAAAGAAAAAAGGAGAGGUACUGUAUGUCUGUUAUUGAUCAGAAAGUUUGCCUACUGAUCAGAGUGUAAGUAAAAAACAUUCUUUUGAUAAAUGCAACAUUUUAAAUGAAAUAAGUAAAUCCAGAAACAUAACCUAUAGUCUUCUACUGCAGUAGUCCUUACAGAAUCCGUUGUAUAAUCCUCAGAGGUUUUGAAAGGGUAUUGUAUAACUGUGUGUGAAAAUGUCAAGAGGAUCUGUAGCACUACAAAAUUUUAUUACCUCUUUGUUUAUUUCCAAAGGAAGUUCAGUGCUGUUGGCUCACUAGCUGUUUGUAAAUAAUAAUUUAAAAAUAUAUAUAAAUUUAGUUAUGAAUGACGUUUUAUUGUAUGAGAUGAGUGAUAUAUAUCAUUUCCAUUUGUUGUAGAUUAACGUGAUGCAUAUCCUGAAAAUUGAAAAAUAUUUUUCAAAAUAUAAUCUUUAAGAACUAUCGUAAGCUAUUGAAUGCUGUCCAUUAAAAUGCUACGGCACUUUAUAACACAUAUUCUCAAAUCUUUUGUGUUCCACAGAAGAAAGUAACUUGCUUUUUGCACAACAAGAAGGGGAGAAACAUUUUUCAUUUUUAGAUGAACAAAGACUAUCUAUGGCUGAAUUGAGCUUGAAGCGAUAGGCAUAAACAGAAACUGAUGCUAACAUUAUUUAUUAUUUAUAUAAUGACAGUGAUUUAAAUGUUGAGUUGACAUUUGAAAUUUUAAUUUUGUCUGUUGUGUCAUCUGAUCUUAUCUCAUAUAUCUUAUCUCACAUUACAUUGCUGGAUCAUUUGAUCUAAAAGCCAGGUAAUGUUUCUUUACAUUUGGCUUGGGUGAAAAGGGAAAGGAAUCCAUCCAAAGAGUACAUUGUAUGUCUCAUAUGUACAAAAAUUUGUGGAUUUUGACUUUGUCACAGAAUGGAAUAGACAAUUAUAUAAACAUGCAAGUCGGAGUAAUUGAAUUAAUCUGCUCUAUUUCACCUUGUUUAUGAGACAAGCUUGUAUGCAGGAAGGACUUUGUCUGUAUACAUUCUGUUUUAACAAUAGCUUUACUACAGCUCACAAUGACAGCCAUUUUGCAACCGGCCCCAGAACCUGAUUUGAAUGACCUUAAUUUAACAAACAAAUUUACGACUAAAAUCACUUUUUACCUUGUUUUGGUAAUAUUGGGUCAGUAAAUAUAUAAUAAGAGGUAUUAAUGCAGAUAAUCAUGAAGCUAAGACUAGAUUAACUGAUUAUGAUGAUGAAAAUGUUGACUAUAUUGUAGUUGUAGCAACAAAUGAGCAUUGUAUCAAUAAUUGUGACAACAUGUGAGGACAUUAAAAAAAAAAUCCAGUUAACACAACUAAUGUAACCUUUUUUAUAAAUGAGCAUAUAUGCAAGAAGUAUAACCUGGAAAACAUUCAUCUGAUGACCAGUUAUUAUUAAGUUAAAAUGUAUUUAUGAAUAAAGUAAAAGUGAGUGGUAUAAGACAUGGAUACUGUUAUAUCCAAAUUAAAGGAAAUUUGAUCAAAUCAA